AUGGACAACUUCUGCUUUGUCCCUUCUCCAGAUCCUGUCACCCCAGUGGAAGAUGACUCUGUCAUCCACGUGCGUGAGGAGAGGAAGAUGUAUGUGUCUUCUGGUCUGGCAAUUUGCUGCUUCGUCGUGCACAAGCGCUGCCAUGAGUUCGUCACCUUCUCCUGCCCCGGUGCUGACAAGGGCCCGGCCUCUGAUGAUCCCCGGAGCAAACACAAAUUUAAAAUCCACACGUACUCCAGCCCCACCUUCUGUGACCACUGCGGGUCGUUGCUGUACGGGCUCAUUCACCAGGGGAUGAAAUGUGACACCUGCAUGAUGAACGUGCACAAGCGCUGCGUGAUGAACGUCCCCAGCCUGUGCGGGACCGACCACACCGAGCGCCGGGGGCGGAUCUACAUCCGGGCAGACAUCGAGAAGGACGUGCUCACCGUCGUAGUAAGAGAUGCUAAAAACCUAGUUCCUAUGGAUCCGAAUGGCUUGUCAGAUCCCUACGUGAAGCUUAAACUAAUCCCUGACCCCAAAAAUGAAAGCAAACAGAAGACCAAAACUAUCAAGUGCUCCCUGAAUCCUGAGUGGAAUGAGACAUUUAAAUUCCAACUGAAAGAGGCAGACAAAGACAGGCGGUUGUCAGUGGAGAUUUGGGACUGGGACCUGACCAUUUUUUUGAGCUCCUUGUCCUUUGGGAUUUCGGAGCUGCAGAAGUCAGGAGUCGAUGGAUGGUUUAAGCUGCUGAGCCAGGAGGAAGGGGAGUAUUUCAACGUCCCGGUGCCUCCCGAGGGAGAAGAAGGAAACGAGGAACUGAGGCAGAAAUUUGAGAGAGCCAAGAUUGGAACCGGGUCCAAGGCUGCAGAUGAGAAGACAACAAAUGCCAUUUCCAAAUUCGACAACAAUGGGAGCAGAGAUCGGAUGAAACUUUCGGAUUUCAAUUUCCUGAUGGUGUUGGGAAAAGGAAGCUUUGGGAAGGUGAUGCUGGCAGAGAGGAAGGGCACGGACGAGCUCUACGCUGUCAAGAUCUUGAAGAAGGACGUGGUUAUCCAGGACGAUGAUGUAGAAUGCACCAUGGUUGAGAAACGUGUCCUGGCCCUCUCUGGGAAGCCUCCAUUCCUGACCCAGCUCCACUCCUGCUUCCAGACAAUGGAUCGCUUGUAUUUUGUGAUGGAAUAUGUGAAUGGUGGGGACUUAAUGUACCAGAUCCAGCAGGUUGGGAGGUUUAAAGAGCCACAUGCUGUAUUCUAUGCAGCAGAAAUAGCCAUUGGCCUCUUCUUCCUGCAGAGCAAAGGCAUCAUUUAUCGAGACCUGAAGCUGGACAACGUGAUGCUGGACAGCGAGGGGCACAUCAAGAUCGCGGACUUCGGCAUGUGCAAGGAGAACAUCUGGGACGGGGUGACCACCAAGACCUUCUGUGGCACUCCCGACUACAUUGCACCUGAGAUAAUUGCAUAUCAGCCCUAUGGGAAGUCCGUGGAUUGGUGGGCAUUUGGAGUCCUGCUCUAUGAAAUGUUAGCUGGCCAGGCUCCCUUUGAGGGGGAAGAUGAAGAUGAGCUCUUCCAGUCCAUCAUGGAGCACAACGUAGCCUACCCCAAGUCCAUGUCUAAGGAGGCCGUGGCAAUCUGCAAAGGGCUGAUGACCAAGCACCCUGCCAAGCGCCUGGGCUGCGGCCCCGAGGGGGAGCGGGACAUCAAGGAACACGCCUUCUUCCGCUACAUCGACUGGGACAAGCUGGAGCGCAAGGAGAUCCAACCUCCCUUCAAGCCAAAGGCUAAGGACAAACGAGACACUUCCAACUUCGACAAAGAGUUCACCCGGCAGCCGGUGGAGCUCACGCCCACGGACAAACUCUUCAUCAUGAACUUGGACCAGAACGAGUUUGCUGGAUUCUCCUACACUAACCCCGAGUUUGUCAUUAACGUGUAG